CUCCGUUCGGACUCGUUCGAGCGGACGUAUGCCAUCCGCUGGCUCACGGCUUUCUGUGCUCGAGCGGAUCGAUUGGCUGAUGCUACCGAUGGUGUGGCCUCCGCCGUCGUUUCACUGGACAGCCUUGUACAGGACGCAGCCGCACUGCUCGCCAUCUGCGCAGGUACUGCAUCUGCAGGUACCAUCUCGCGAAAUUUCGCUUUCGACCAGGGGAAGGUCCAGGUGCAGCUCACAGAUAUCCCCCUCGACAAUCAUGACUACUCCAGUGUCGGAGCGCAGACCUGGGGAGGCGCUUGCGUGCUCUCUGAAAUGAUAGUGCAAUCGCCGCAAGACUUCGGCAUCACCGCUUCCGCGCUGCGUGGCCCCUUUCGAGUGCUGGAGGUUGGUGCUGGGACUGGUCUUGUCAGUCUGGUUGUGGGUAAAUUGGUUCAAGCGCGCUGCAACGCAGAUGCCCGCAAUUGCUCAGUCGUCGCAACCGACUACCACCCAUCCAUACUGGCCAACUUGGAACACAAUAUCCUGCGUAACUUCCCUGGUACAGGAUCAUCCGAUUAUGUGUCUGUCUCAGCUCACUUUCUCGACUGGGCGCAGUAUUACCGUCAAGAUUCGGAAGGCGCUUCGCCACCUUUCAACACGCCAUUCGAUGUCAUCCUAGGAGCUGACAUCGUCUAUGAAUCCGAACAUGCACUAUGGAUCAAAGGUUGUGUCAAGAAGCUCCUAAGGAAGCCCGCUGACGCGGAUGGCGGGCAUCCGCCCCAGUUCCAUCUCGUUAUUCCGUUACGCUCCACCCAUGCCGCAGAGUCUGGGACCAUUGAGCGUGUGUUUUCUCGUGCGGAUACCGAGAGUUCUGUGGAGAACACCGAACGUACGUGGGACCUCAGAAUACUCAGCAAAGAGUCUAUAGUCUGCGAGGCGGGUGGCGAUGUUAGAUACCGAGGCAACGGUGCCGAAGUUGGGUAUGCUUACUACAGAAUUGGCUGG